AUGAUUUUCAAAAAUCAGAAUCCAAAUGGAGAAGCUACGUCAUAUGCCCUAUCCGCGUCUUUAGCAGAUUCAAACGUACCUAUCCAGAUCCGUUCGCCCCCAUUUGCCUUGCCAACGUAUGAGAUGGUGAUUGUGGCCGAUUGGUCAAUGGUGGUGCCAGCGUUGCUGGUGGUUAAAGAAAAGGGGAUGGGGCAUAGAGAUAAGACAGGUGAUUACACUUUACUUGAAAAUUUAAUGGGUCGCUCGCGUGGAAAUUUCCGUGGUGAAGAAGAUCCCAGUCAAAGAUCAAGGAGGAAAAAGAAUGCAUCCAGUGGUGAAAAUAUAGAUUCUGUUACUGCAGGUCAAGGGACCAGUGAUCGGAAAAGGGCUCUGUACCAUUGCAACUAUUGUAACAAAGACAUCAGUGGGAGAAUUCGUAUCAAGUGUGCUGUAUGUUCUGAUUUUGACUUAUGCAUAGAAUGCUUCUCAGUAGGAGCCGAGGUUCAUCCUCACAAAAGCAAUCACCCGUACAGGGUUAUGGACAUCUUAUCAUUUCCUCUCAUCUGUCCGGAUUGGAAUGCUGAUGAAGAAAUGUUACUUUUGGAGGGGAUUGAGAUGUAUGGCAUGGGAAACUGGGCAGAAGUUGCUGAGCAUGUUGGGACAAAGACAAAGGAAGUGUGCAUUGAACAUUAUAGGAAUGCUUACCUAAACUCUCCUUACUUCCCUCUACCGGAUAUGACGCACGUUGUUGGCAAAAACAGAAAAGAACUGCUUGCUAUGGCUAAAGAGCACCUUGAGGAUAAAAAAGGUGAACUUCCAUUGAAGGAGGAAUCUCCAUUUUCCCCCUCAAGAGUCAAAAUUGAAAAUUCCUACAAGAAUGGUCCUUCAGGUCAUUUGCCUUCUGCUUCAAAUGCAGGAAUUGCAGACAAUAAAAUGGCAUCCGACAUGGUCCAGGUCAAGGAUCAGCCUGAUUCUCUAAAACUGAAUGAUCAUCUAUCAGGACGGAGUUUUGGCAGCAAUAAACCUAAAUCUGCUGAGGAUGAGGGUCCAUCUUUGAUGGAGUUAAGUGAUUAUAACCCGAAAAGACAAGAAUUUGAGACUGAAUAUGAUAAUGAUGCUGAGCUGUUGCUGGCUGAUAUGGAAUUUAAGGAGACCGACACCCAAGAAGAGCGUGAGUUGAAAUUACGUGUGCUCCGUAUAUAUUCAAAGAGACUUGAUGAGAGAAAACGCAGGAAAGACUUCAUUCUCGAAAGGAGUUUGUUCCAUCCUAGUCCAUUUGAGGAGGAGUUAUCUCAAGAAGAAAAGGAUUUAUGCCGACGAUAUGAUGUCUUCAUGCGUUUUCACUCCAAGGAGGAGCAUGAAGAAUUACUUAAAACUGUUAUAUCAGAACAUAGGAUUCUAAAAAGAAUUCGUGAACUUAAGGAAGCACAAGUGGCUGGAUGUCGUUCCUCUGGUGAAGCUGACAGAUACCUUGAACAGAAAAGGAGAAGGGAAGCCAAAGACAGUGGUCACAGAAAGGAAAGUUCUCAGGCUGGUCCAAGCAGUCAGGAAAGUCUCAACGUGCCAGUUUCAUCGGAUUCACUUAAUACAUACUCAAAUACAACAUCUUCAGGCCACGCUAAUUCAUCGUCGCUAACUGAUUUGGAUUUUGUACCAUUAUCUGGCGCAGAUUUACUUUCUGAAUCUGAGAAACAACUGUGCCGUGAGAUCAGGUUACCGGCCCCUCGUUAUCUUAGAAUGCUAGAGUUCAUGACAAUACAAAUGAUGAGCGGCAAUAUUAAUCAGAAAUCCGAUGCCUAUUCCUUCUUCCAAAUUGAGCCAACAAAAAUAGAUAGAGUUUAUGAUAUGCUUUUGAAGAAGGGAAUGCUUCAACAAUGA